AGUUAGGGGAAGCUCAAGGAGUCAGACCAGUUCCUCAGCUACAGGGUUUGUGGCCUGGGCAGAAUUGCUGUCAUAAAGAGCCUGGACCCAUCUGGUCUCUCCACAGACCCAGCAGCCUCUCCAGACCAUCUCUUUUGCACUGGACUCUGAAGUGAAGGGCGCUCAGCCCCUGCCCUGCUGGUGUUUGACAUGGAAGAAGUGACAUGGGGUCUUCUUAUCCUGCUGACUUGCCUGCCUGUCUUGAAAGCCAACAAUAUUGACAAAAACAGUCCCUUCUAUUAUGACUGGGAAAACCUCCAGCUUGGCGGGUUGAUCUGUGCAGGAAUUAUGUGCAUAGCUGGAAUCAUCUUUGCUUUGAGUAACAAAUGCAAAUGCAAGUCAGAUCCCAACAACAACCCAUUACCUGAGAAAGCUACUCCACUUAUCAACUCAGGCUGUGAAAGUCACUGCUAAGCCCAGGACCAGUUUCAUGGAGCUCCAAGACCUGUCCUUCUCUCCCAAACCUUGUCCUCCACGGCACCCUUCCUAUCUGGGGAUCUUAACCUCCAAACGGUUCUUCUCUCAUUAUGACUUUUAUGCUCCUUUCUAAUUGGAGGGGUGUGGGGUGGGGGAGCUAUCCAAAUCCUCUUUGUAAAUUAAAAUGUUCU